AUGAAUUUCAACUUGCCUCGGUUCUUGUUACAAGUUGCAGCGUCGUUCACACCUAUCCUUCGGUUAUGUUCGUGUCCGGCAUUUCUUUUGUUAGAGGUGGUGCUCGUGUUUCCGGGCUCUUAUGAUCAGCAUGGAUGCGCUCCGGUUUUCGGCACUUGGUCUAGUGUGACAAUCCCAGUAUCACGACCAAACCGCGCACUGAAAACACUUCCUGCAAUCGAUCGAUAUGAUCAGAAUGGAGCCCAUUCUUCCGUCAAAUUAUCGGUGGAUAAUCCUGAGGCACAACUCAGCCCAGUUGUAGCAAGUCAAGGUGGGAUUAAGUGA